CACGACGGCGACGCUCCUAUCGACACGACGCCGACCGCCCAAACCCAGCGACUCGACGCUGUCCCCAGCAUCGGGCGCCCCAUUGUGGGGGGUAGUGGGGUCCACCAGCUACAAAUACCCAUGCCCCAUCGCAUGGACCACACUCAAGUUACACACGAUCCGUUGUUGGUCCUGUGACCCUCCGUCGCUAAACCGCUCUAAGUCGGCAGUGAAAAUUUGCUAGUCUGCGAUUUUCAGGCUGACAAGUGACAAUCGUACUUCCUUCCGUUCCGACAAAAUACAACCGAUAGAAGAAAUGGCCGCGGUUGCUACGGCUCAAAAGGAGAGCGAGAUGUUCUCGAAGAAGUCUUACAUUGAGAACGGAUAUCCAGCGAGGAGGAGGUCGCUGGUAGACGACGCCCGCUUCGAGACUCUGGUGGUGAAGCAGACCAAGCAGACUGUACUCGAUGAGGCCAGGCAGAGAGCCAAUGACUCCAGCUUAGAACCAGAACAACUCCAACCACAAAAAUCUGAACAAACAAAUGGAGAUGGCUCUCUCCAAACCAUGGGACAGCAAAGCGCAUAGACCGUUUUUUGCCAUUUAACCAGCUCCUCAGACUUGAAGCACAUGUAUUACAGCAGAUGUGGUGUGCCCACUGUUUGUCUUGAUCACCUAGUUUACAACCGAAAUAAAGCUGAUAGAUACUGGCCUCACCGAGGAAGAAGUAGUGCUGGCCAACGCCAUCGCCGAUGGACCAGAAGCUGAAAAGGCCAUGCAGCGGGCCGCAUUCAUCCUGCGCAUGCGCGAGGGUAUGAAUUCCCUGUCCAGGGUACUGAAGGCAAUCGAGAAGUACCAGGGCGCUGUACUACAUCUGGAAACCAGGCCCAACAAGAGAGACAAUGGACAAUUGGACGCACUCAUCAAGAUGCAAAUGAGCCGCCUAAACCUUCUCCAACUCAUCAAGAAUCUCCGCCAAUCAGGCACCUUAGAACACGUUACCCUUCUCGGAGAAGACAACAUUUCCGCAAAGAACCCGUGGUUUCCACGUCACGCUAGCGAAUUGGACAACUGCAACCAUCUGAUGACCAAAUACGAACCUGAUCUGGACAUGAACCACCCUGGAUUCUCCGACAAGGAAUACCGUUCUAGAAGGAAGGAUAUUGCAGAAAUCGCUUUCAAAUAUAAAUAUGGUGACGCCAUCCCGUACAUAGAAUACACAGAAACCGAGAACAAGACAUGGACCGCAGUAUACAACACAGUGAAAGAGCUGGUACCGAAGCAUGCGUGUGCAGAAUACAGAUGCGUGUUCAAGCAACUAGAAGAAGCUGGCAUUUUCCAAGCCCUGCGUGUGCCACAAUUGGAGGAGAUGUCAAGCUUCAUGAAAAAAGCCACUGGGUUCACAUUGAGACCAGCUGCAGGUCUGCUCACAGCCAGAGAUUUCCUUGCGUCGCUUGCGUUCAGGAUCUUCCAGAGUACCCAAUAUGUCAGGCAUACUAAGACUCCCUUCCACACACCAGAACCAGAUUGCAUUCACGAAAUACUGGGACACAUGCCUCUUCUUGCCGACCCCAGCUUCGCACAGUUCUCGCAAGAAAUUGGUCUCGCUUCACUCGGAGCUUCAGAUCAGGAAAUCGAAAAACUGUCCACUAUUUACUGGUUCACUGUAGAGUUCGGUCUCUGCAAGGAAGCUGGCGAAACCAAAGCGUAUGGCGCAGGUCUACUCAGCGCGUACGGCGAGCUGUUGCACGCGCUUUCAGAAAAGCCAGAACACCGUCCUUUCGAUCCCGCGUCCACUGCCCUGCAGGCCUACCAGGACCAGGAAUACCAACCAGUGUACUUCGUUGCAGAGAGCAUCGAAGACAUGAAGGACAAAUUCAGGAGAUGGGUCUGCCAAAUGUCCCGACCAUUCGAAGUGAGGUUCAACCCGCACACAGGCAGAGUAGAAGUAUUAGAUUCAGUGGAGAAACUAGACUCACUUAUCCACCAACUCAGCACCGAAAUCCUCCACUUGACGAACGCUAUCAACAAAAUGAAAGCGUGUCCUGUCUAAGGAGCUCCACCAAGGAUAGAUCAUACUUUGAAUCGUUUGCCACGACCUAUGCUUAGGUCGAUGUUGUGAGUUUGUAGGAAAAAUGCGACAAAACGUUCAGGUAGACGCACUUUAUUCAUGCUAAAGUAGCAAUCCUUGUGAUAGAACACGACUUGGCAACAUUGCUUUUAGCUUACAAUGUUGCCAAAUCCAUCCGGUUUUCGUUGAACCCCAGAAAUUUUCAAAAGCACUAUAAUAUCGAUUGCAAAAAGCCUGUGAAGAAGCUGAAUUUAACUUUAAUUUCACAUAAUUUUGAUUUUCAAAUAUCUAUGGAUUUGAAUUAGUAGCUCUAUUUUUGGAUUGCCCUUACAUAUUUGUUACUUCGAGCGACUUUUCGAGUGUAGAUUCUGUGUAUAAUGAUAAAAAUCGUGAAUGAGGUGCCACAAGAUGAUGAAAAUAGAUAUA